UCAGCGCCCAUGGACACGUUUGCUAACAAAAUCUAAUUUCACUGAUUUCUGCUUAAAGAGUAAUCAAACGUUGAAGAUGGAGAAUGCAAAUUGGCGGAAAGUUGUCCAAAAACAAAUAUACGACAUCAUUUCACACAGAUAUGGACUGCUAGUAGUGAUUGUAGGGGCUGUUCUGAUCGUAGUCUCGGCAUUUCAUUUUGGAGAGAGUGUUAUGGAAUGGAGUACUGAGAAGUAUGCGGCAGUGUUCAAUUCAUUCAGUGACAACCUGUCUGGUAGAUCAUUCAGGGGAAGACUAUGUCUGCCAGUACCAAUAGAUGUAGUUUACACAUGGGUAAAUGGCACAGAUCCAGACCUGAUACGGAACCUACAGCGUGUCAAGUUAGAUAUGCAGGAUCAGUUAAACACAUCAAGAUUGCAUAGAAACAGCAAAGGGGAGGCUCAGUGUGUCUUCAGCAACUGUAUCCCUAGCAGCAGUAUUGCCCUUGACCCUUUGUUGCCAGACAAUAUGACCUUGACCUUGCUGGCAUCAAAUUACCCAGAAUUCAGUUCUGCCAAGAAAAUGUUUACUGUGACAUCACCUGUGGACUACAAGAAUUAUACAAUUGUAGGAUUCUCUGACAUGGAACAAGUUUCACUGGUGGUGAACAAGACGUAUGUAAUUGAAGGGAGAAAUACGACAGUAGUACGUUGCUACAUUACGCCAGAUGCUACAGUUCAGAAUGGAGUAUUGCUCACAGAUCAGAUUUUCAUGUCAGGGUUUCCGCAUACCUUAAAUGCAGAAGAACUUAAAUUAAAACUGCCAGAGAAAUAUCAGGGCAAAAUUGACAAGAUUGAAGUUAACUCUGAGAAGGGUAUUGCAGUCCUUUAUGUCCCUGUAAAAGAAGACUUUGAUACUAUUUUAGCUGGUGCAAAUUUUACAAUAGAUGGAAAGGAACCAACUCUUAGGGCAGCCAAUAUGGUUUGGGACUUAAGAGAUCUGUCGAGAGAUGAAGAUAUAUCCGCUAGUCGGUUUGAGGACAAUGAGGAACUGAGAUAUUCUCUACGAUCCCUUGAGAGGUUUGCCCCUUGGAUUAGACAUAUCUACAUUAUCACUAAUGGUCAACUGCCUUACUGGCUCAACCUGGAAAACCCAAGGAUUUCCAUAAUAACACAUGAUGAAAUCUUUUUGAACCAUAGUCAUCUGCCAUCAUUUGGUUCACCAGCAAUAGAGAGUAAUGUACACCGUAUACCAGGAUUGUCUGAUAAAUUUAUCUACAUGAAUGAUGAUGUGAUGUUUGGUAAGGAGGUGUGGCCUGAUGAUUUCUUUACACACAGUUCAGGACAGAAGGUGUACCUGACAUGGCCAGUACCCAACUGUAACGAAGGUUGUCCAUCAAGCUGGAUAAAGGACGGAUACUGUGACAAGGCGUGUAACGUGUCCGAAUGUGAAUGGGAUGCUGGGGACUGUGAUGGUUCAAACCGUAAUUUACACAACCAGGUUGGCUGGGCUGGAAGCUGGGGGUCUGACUCUUCAGCAUACUGCCACAGUGGUUGUGCCAAUAACUGGAUCGCUGACAGAUACUGUGAUACGGCAUGUAAUGUACUGGAGUGUGGUUUUGAUGCAGGUGAUUGUGGCACUGAUAAAUACAGUCAUAUACAUGGAAUGAUGCUUCUGCCUAACCAGACACUCUACUCUCUGCCUCCAGGACAAUAUACUGGAUUCUUCAACCUGUCGUAUAUACUGUCAGACAAAAACACCUCAUUGCAUAAUGCGUAUUACGAUGAUAACAAGGUUAUCAGAACAGUAGCAGUGGCGAAGAAAUUCAGAGUUCUAACAGUAGUGCUACAUGCCAACAUGAACAAAACCAGCUUCAACUUUACUGUUGAGUAUGGGAAGGUGAAUCAGACUAAACAGUUGAAUUUCACACUAGAAGUGGACACUUUACCAAGGAAAGUGGAACCUUUGAACAUCACAAAGUCUGAGUCUGGGAAGAAUGUUUCUAAGGAAACCAAUGCAACUAAAACAGUGACAGAGGAAGUGGUCAGAUUUGUUGAUCUACCUGAUAAUGAGUUGAAACCUUAUAUCCUUCAUCCAUCACCAACACCAGAUUCAUCUUUAUUAGUGAAGGAUAUGCCAAGUAAUAUGUCAGAUGUGCCAUUUCCAAAACAUCUGAAGAAACAGUUUAUAGAGCUCGAACAAGAACUGAAAAAUGAGGAGCUAUCAGAGACUGGCUACAGUAUCAGGUUGAGGUCACUGUGGCUGGCCUAUCAAAACUACCUCAAAUAUAACCAUACAGAGAACGAAUCUCACAAACCUAUUGUACAUGCCAAGCCUAUAGGGGGCAUACUAGUUGAAAAGAGUCGCCUGAAAUUGGCGAGAACUGGAAAUGUAGAAGGUUACAAAAAGUCGCAAGAGAGGCAGGCAGAUGGUCAUAAAAAGUUGCCAGGGGAGCUAACUGUUGAACAUCAUCAAGUUCAAGAAGAUAUUAUAAAACCUGUUAGAGAUUUCAAGGUCAAAGAUCAGGUUUCAAAAGACCAAGAUAAGGCAAAUGUUGAUGUACAUAAUGUGGACGGAGCUGUUUUGGAGGAACAAAAAGUUAGGAGUAAGAAUCAGGAAGAGGGUGUGAACCUUGGUCCUAGAAGGAGGCUUUUGAAUUUUAAUGAGGAAUAUAUUAAUGCGCUGGAUGCUAACAGUGAAGUUGUGGAUAAUACAAGUUUUAUAUCUGCAGUGGAUAUACAACCCGAUUCUGUGAAAUUAUUUCCAUGGGAGAAGGGAAGUUUGGCAGAAUUACAGAAGAAGAAAGAAUCACAGGAGACAUUCCAGCCAGCAGCUUACCAGAGGAGACGGUUACUGGAUACAUUUGGUGACUCGCUACGCCAUGUAAACUCCCUGUAUAACAAAGCGUUUGGUUACACAGCAAGAAAGGUUCCAGGACAUAUGCCUCAUAUGAUUGAUAAAAACAUCAUGUAUGAGUUACAAGCUAGGUUUCCUGCAGAAUGGGAAGCGACAUCUUCCCACCAGAUUAGACAUUCUAAAGACAUGCAGUUUGCCUUCUCAUACUUCUACUACUUGAUGGGAGUUAAACAGAACAUCACUGCAGCAGACGUCUUUGAUGAGAUGGAUACAGAUAAAUCCAAAAUACUGUCGGAUCGUGAGAUACGUACCUUAGCCACUAGAUUGUACGAGUUGCCUCUGGAUCUAGCUACAUUGUCAAAGUUAGAGUUUACUUUUGUAAACUGUUCCAAAAAAUUACCGAUAUCAGAGCAAAAACAGCCAGAUGCCACAGCAUUGGAAACUUACUAUGAAAAGGAAAUGCCUCAGGUGACAAGAAACAUGUUUAUCAACUGUAAAGAGGUGGCUGAUAUUGUAAAGAGUAAUUUUCCACCAAAAAAUAAAUACAAGCAUGUUGAAGUAGACGACUCGGAGAUUGCUUUCAAGAUGAUUAAAUCAAAUGUAUCUACAGUGGUAGGCCAGCUAGAUGACAUCAGAAAGAAACCAAAGAAAUUUAUCUGUUUGAAUGAUAACAUAGACCACUCACUGGAACAGUCUCGCACAGUGAAAGCAAUUCUAGCUGACUUCUAUGAGUCCCUUUUCCCACUGCAGUCCCAGUUCGAACUACCCCGAGACUACAGAAAUAGAUUUACCCAUAUUGAUGAGCUGAGAGAAUGGAGAAGGUACAGAGAUUGGUUGAAGUUUUGGACCCACAUUGCUCUAGUGCUACUUGUGGUGUUUACUAUUGCUUCAUAUUUUGGUGAUAAGAUUGAAGCAGCUCAGAAAAAAUUAUCAAGACGAAGAUCUCCAAAUAAUUCAGGGUCAAAUGAUGAGAGAGAGGGUCAAGGUCAUACUGGUAUGGAGACCGUAUGACGGUUCCUGCUCUGGUUGUUCACACCAGAUGUUGUCAUGACGAUACUUGCCAUAAUACUCUUCAUUAUCGUCGUCAUGGUUCUGUAUGAAAUGAACAAAUUCUAGUUUGCUCAAACUCUGUGUACUGUGCAAUACAUAUUUCCCUUUUAAAUCAACAACUGAUGUGAAACACACAUACUAAGAUAUUGUACCAUGUAAAAAGCUAAUCUCUUCUAGAUGUUGUCACUUUGAAUAAUGUAAUGCUGUACCUUUAAUCCAAAAUAGAUUUAGCUGUUAUUUCAAAGUGAGCAGGUUUUUGCUAUUUUAAAUUUUAAGUAUUGUAUUUUUUUGGUAUUUAGUUUGUAAAAUGUGAAAAUAUUUUUGUCUCAGUUUUAUAAGUAACAGACAGACAGAAAUUUCUGUUGGUAAGUUAAAUGUAUUUUGAUCAACAGAUGAAGUGUUUGAAGAGAUUUUUUUUCUAAGCUUAAUGUUGUACACUAAAUGUUAGAGUUUGUUCAUAUCAUUUCUGGUGUGAUUUUCCAGAGCGUUUUCUGUGAUAAUCUUUAUUUAUAUCAUUCGGCAUUUUGUAUAUAUAAUUGGUAUAUGUUUAUAAUUGUGCUAAACAUAUUUUGUAGUUUUGAAGUAUGAUAUACAUGUACAAAACUGGUUUUGUGUGUAGUAAGAGUUAUUAAAGUAAUUGUAAGAGUUGGGUAUUUUGUGAUUGCUUAGUUUAACCUUUACCCUGCUAAAUUUCUAAAAUGAACUAGUCCAUCAUUCAAUAUGGGGAGUACGACUUAUUAUUCAGAGGUAUAUUCUCUGAAAAUUUACUGACUGAAUAGCAAACAGUGCAGACCAUGAUCAGUCUGCACGGUUGUGCAGGCUGAUCUUGGUUUGCUCUGGUUGCAGUGGCAAAAUCACUUGCUGCCAGCAGGCUAAAGGUUAAAAACGUAGUAAAUCUGAUAAACUGAGCCGUGCCAUGGGAAAACCAAC